AUGCCUACCUUCACGCGGAGACAAGACGCCCCCGUAUCUUUAUUGUCUCCCCCUCCCUCCUCAUCCAUAGUGCCCCCACCGACGACGGGCCUCUCGACAAGCGCUAUAGCCGGCAUCGCCGUCGGCGGCGCGGUGGUGCUGUUCGCGGGCCUCUCGCUCCUGCUCGUCCACCUAGCGCGGCGGCACGACCGGCGGCGAGCCGAUUUUGCCUGUCCGGACGUGUCUGUCGAGUGCGGUACCGAGGCGGCGGCCCCGACGCCGCGGCGGUUGCGCAAGAAGAGCGUCACCGGAGACCAGGUGGCCGCCGUCACCACCGUCGCGGUCAACAAUCACAGCGACGACAACGUCGGGCGCGAGGAGAGCGAGAGCCGCCGCUCGAGCCAGCACACCACGUCACCAGCGAAGGCAUAUUCGCGGUCGGGGAGCGUGUCGAUCGGGGGCUCGACGGUGACGGCGACAACGGGCACGACCGCUAGGUCCAGCGCCGGGCCGGGCUGUCGCAGUGGCAGCGCGGAUGCUGCCACGCAGAGACGCAAGCAAAGGUCUCCGGAGAAGCAGAAGGGAUAUGGCGUAUACGAGCACAGACGUACGUCCUCGUGGAUCGACGAGGACGCCCUGCACGGCCCGACGGUCGUCUCCGCGAAGAAUGUGAAGCCUAAAACAGCGCAGAAGCCAGGCUGGCUCGACGGUGGCCUGAGCCGCUCCCUGAGCCGUCUCUCCAUGAUGAGUAACACGACGGAGCGCAUGGGAAGCCCGACCUUGCCCUAUACCGAGACCGGAUCCGGGCAACAGAACGUCACGCCGACCGGAAGCCCUAAUAAGCAGUUGACGACGCCAGUAUCAAGCACUCAGGCAAACAAAUACCCUGUCGUACACUUGAAUCAGCCGCAGAAGCAACCCGUAUAUAUCAGUCCUCGAAAGCAAUACGCUCCCAUCAUCCUACCUAGCCCUGGGAAUGCUUCUGCAAGCCUCGUGAGGUCUAAUUCAAACGGCGUGCAAAGUCCACGGCGCAGAAACAGCGUCGCGCUCAACGCUGCACAGCAACUGGCGGGCGGGGCGCGUCUACCCGGACCCAUCACUAUCCCACACACGCAGGUCCCGAAGCCGCCGAGGUUCAGGCAAAGCGCCACGGACACCGAGCUUACGGAGAUUCUCCGCAUGACUGCUGAGCGGCUCGAGGACGGGAGCCGCAGCGAGAGGCGACAGACUCUGAUGCUCCCGUACUCCCCUCGGAAGCCGAUGUACGAGAGCAGCCGGGUUGAUCACAACAGGAGCUACAUGCACCGCAACUGGUCCUCCGACGGCGGGGACGUCAGUCCGACCAAAAGCCACAAGAGCGCCCCGGCGGCUCUGAUGGCUCCGGACUUCGAAAGGGAUCGCCGACAGGCGCAAUUGACCCUGCCGCCGAUUCAGACCCCGAGGCAUUCACGACAGCUGUCCCGCCUAUCGCAAGCAUCGCAGGCAUCGACGUUUUCGGAUUCGGAUAGUCUCAUCCCUUCUAAACGGGAUUCGCAGGUAGAAUUGCCAACGGCGCUGUCCAGUCCCAGUCGCGUGGUGAAGACGUCAGAUGCGGCGCCGGACGGGACUACCCCCAGACCUCAAGCAGCGGGCCAGCAACAGCCACGCCCGUUUUCGUACGCCAGCUCCAUGUCCUCUGCCUUGUCGACGUUAUACAGCAUGGAGGAGUCCUCGGUCCGCAGCCCGCCGACCACUGAGCCGAAAUCAGACGACGGUGCUCCCCCAGAUGGAGGGGGACGGGGUCGAGGGAACACUCUCUCAGCCUUUGAUAUGUUUAACGAGAAUGCGGCUCUAGACGCUCUAGAAGAGCGGGGCAGCCCCAAAUUCGCAUUCGACGACGGAGAGCGCCCCCAGCCACUGCGGAUCCGAAGGGGAACCCUGGGGAACCCGUCGCUAUCAGAGGUCGCGUCCACCAUCCCCCGGCCUUUCUCGCAAGCAACAAAACCUGCAAUUCUGCCUAAGAGCAGACUGUCCUUUGCGACCAGUGCUGCAGAUAAUCAAGACCCAUUCACCGUGGCGACAUCAGAAACACCAGAGGGCCCCGCUCGUUUAUCGAAGGUUUUCUCUCCAUUGCCAGCAGACCCGUCUAAAGACGAUGCGGGCCCAAAUGAGGCGCAAGAUAUUGAGAGCACGGCGACACCAACACCAUCGCCCACGAGAAGCACACGGAAGAGAGUCGUGCCUCCGCCUCUCACUCUCCGGGCAGGUGUCGUGUCGCCCAUCCCCAGCGAGACAGACCGGGCAUCGAGCCCAGAAAUGUCGGAAGCCGGGCUCUCAUCCGUCUACGACUGCUACUGCUACAACGACACAUCGAUGGACGAGUCGACCGACGACACCAUGACCACGCGCGUUCUCCCCGAGACCCCGCUCCAGACCUCGCCGGCCAGGCCUGCAGAAGACACGCCGACGCCGCGCCAGGAAUCGCGAGCCGGGGCCCAGCUGCCGGCGAGGUACCGGAGCAACAGCCGGCGCAGCAGCACCGUCAGGUUCAGCGACGACGUGCCGGGGAAGGGCGAGCGCGAGCAGCCCAUCAUCCGCGUGGUGGGCGCGACGCCGCAGAUGCAGGCGCGGCGCAGCGCGCCGUCGGACGAGUCGUUCUACUCGCAGGACCAGGACCCGGCGCUGGACGGGGGGGACAGGGUGGCGCCGCUGCCGACGCCGAAGGCGGCCUCGCUGGCCCGGCGGAGCGGCGGCGGCAGCGGCGGUGGGAGCGUGCGGAUGACGAGCACGGUGGCGGAGCUGCGCCGCAUGAACAGCCAGGUGAGCACGGUGAGCGAGCACAGCGUCGCGAACGCGGCCGAGGUCGGCAGCCCCACGCUGCCCGAGAUGCGCGGCGGCGGCUUCAGCCCCGGCGUGCGCCGCAGCGGCGGCAGGAACUACCUCGCGCUCGGGACCAGCAGCCCGGGGCGCAGCGCCCGCUCGAGCGCCGGCUCCGUCGGUGACGUCGCGGCGCGCGGCAAGGCCCUCAGCCCCCUGCGCAGGGGCGGCGCCGCGAGGCCACGCCGCGGCACGGCCAUGGUGCAGGAGUUCGAGGCGAGGAAGAGAGAGCUCGACGAGGCCCGCGAGGUCAUGCGGGGCUAUGGAAAUAGCCACAGAUCGGUCGGCGCGAGACAGACUGUCCAGAUCCUGACCCACUCCUCCAACAUAAGGCGCGAAGAAGCGGCGGCCAAGAGGGGCAGCGUGCAGAGCUUGUACGAUGAAAAGGGGUUUCUAAAGGGUUAA